AUGGCCAGUGAAACACCCAGAAUCGACCCCACCGAAAUCUCCAAUAUCAAUGCCCCCGUGUUUAGAAUUAUAGCACAAAUCAAGUCACAACCCACCGAGUCCCAACUGGUCUUGCAAUCGCCGACCAUGUCGUCGACGAACGGCGGUGAGAUCGAAAUGAUCACAUUAAACAAUAUCCGUGUCUCGAUGAACAAGACGUUCGAGGUGGAUUCGUGGUACGAGUUCGUUUGUAGGAACAACGACGAUGGCGAAUUAGGUUUUUUAAUUCUUGAUGCUGUACUAUGCAAAUUCAAGGAAAACGAAGAGCUAAGUUUACACGGUGUGGUCGCUUUACAACGACUAUGUAAAAAAUACCCAGAAAUAUACUAG